AUGUUCACCAAGACUCUCGUCGUUGCCGCCCUGGCCGCGGCUCCCGCUUUUGCUGCUCCCGAAGUCAAUGUCUACUGGGGUCAGACCGCCGGCUCAAGGCUUUCCACCUUCUGUGAUGCUUCUGGAUUCGACUAUGUUACCGUUGGUUUCCUCAACAAGUCCCCCUCCCAGGACCCCUCGGGAGCCAACUGGCCGGGUACCAACUUUGGAAGCCACUGCGAUGGAGUGUACUACAAGUACAACGGUGCCAACACCAACGUCCAGUCCGACUGCGGAAAGAUCGCUGCCGACAUCAGAUACUGCCAAAAGAAGGGCAAGAAGGUCCUUCUCUCCAUUGGUGGAGAGUGGAAGACGACCGCCAACUACGACCUCAGCAGCGAAGCCGAAGGACGUCGCUUUGCCUUGUUCGUGUGGCAAGCCUUCGGUCCUCGCAUCGCCGGCUCCACCGUCCCAAGACCGUUUGAUGAUUACUACCUCAAUGCCGAAGAGGGCGAGGAGAACUUCGUCUUUGAUGGGUUUGACUUCGAUAUCGAGAAGAGCUACGACGCAAACCAGUCAAUGGGCUAUAUCGCCAUGAUUAGCCGUCUGCGCCAGUUCAUGGCGACACCACAACUCAACCCAAACGACCGCCAGUUCCUGAUUACCGCCGCUCCCGAAUGCCCUCUGGAUGAUCCGUAUUACAAGAUGAAGCACAUCAUCAAGAACAGCAAGUUUGACAUUUUGUUCGUCCAGUUUUACAACAACCCAGGAUGCCAUGGCGUCACCAACAACAACUUUGACACUUGGGCCUUACAUCUCCAAUCGACCGCCAGCAGUGGUGCAAAGAUUUUCAUUGGAUUGCCUGGAAGUACCAAUGCUGUUCAAAACGGUGAGGCGAGUGGCUACCUCACGCCCACCAACCUCCGAACUGUCAUCAACAAGUUCAAGGACAGCGCUGCAUUUGGUGGUGUCAUGAUCUAUGAUGCCACCUAUGGCGCGAGCAACAUCGUUUCAGGCUCCAGCCCAGCUGGAUUGAACUACUACCAGUAUGCUCGAAGCCUUUUGGGUGGCUACACCCACACCGUCACGCCCCCGGCUCCCACACCGACCGCUUGCGUGCGUGAGUAUAGUGUCAAGUCUGGUGACUACUGCUAUCAGAUUGCUGCCCGUGCCGGUAUUGAUCUCAGCGAUCUCAAUGCCUUCAAUCCUGGUCUCAACUGCAACAUCCUCGGACUUGGGCAGAAACUUUGCAUCAAGCGUGGUAUCCCCAAGCCUACCAGCUCCAGCUCCACCAUCUUGAGCACCACUUCUUCCACCACUGUGAGCAGCACCACUGUCAGCACUACCGUCUCCUCCACCGAGACCAGCACUACUACCGUCUCCUCUACCGAGACCAGCGCCACCUCUACCGAGUCCAGCACCAUCUCUACCGAGUCUGCCACUGAGCCUGCCACUGCCAGCGAGACCGUCACCGAGACUGAGACCAUCACUGCCAACGAGCCUGACAUCACCACCACAACCGUUGAAACCUCUGCUGAGCCUACUGGCAUCACCUACACUGAGGAUUUUACCAGUACUGAGACUGAGAGUGUGACCGUGACCGAUAUCAUCCCGACCACCACAAGCACCAUCUCUACCGAGUCCAGCACCGCUGAGUCUGCCACCGAGUCUGUCACUGAGUCCGCCACCGAGUCUGUCACCGAGUCCGCCACUGUCACCGAGACUGAGACCAUUACCACCAGCCCUACUCUCACCGAGUCUGCCACUGCCACCGAGACUGCCAGCGAGACUGAGAGCUAUUGCGAGGAUGACGAGACCACCACCAGCGAGACUACCACUGCCACCGAGACUGCGAGUGGAACAGAGACCGUCACUGCGACCGAGUCUGCUACCGAGUCUGCUACUACCAGCGAAGCCGAGACCAUCACCGCCAGUGCUACUCUGACCGCUAGCGAGACUGAGGUUACUACUGUUAGCGAGACUGCCACUGAAACUGAAAGCUACUGCGAGGAUGAUGAGACCACCGAGACUGCCACUGCAACCGCUAGCGAGACCGAGUCUGCUGUUGUCAGUGGGACUGAGACCGCCACCGCCAGCGAGACUGAGGCCGUCACUGAGACCGCCACCGCCAGCGAAACUGAGUCUGCUGUUGUCAGUGUGACUGAGACCGCCACCGCCAGCGAGACUGAGGCCGUCACUGAGACCGCCACCGCCAGCGAAACUGAGUCUGCUGUUGUCAGUGUGACUGAGACCGCUACCGCCAGCGAGACUGAGGCCGUCACCGAGACCGCUACCGCCAGCGAGACCGAAUCUGUCAUCGAGACCGCUACCGCCAGCGAAACUGAGGCCGUCACUGAGACCGUCACUGCCAGCGAGACCGAGUCUGCGACUGAGACCGUCACUGCCAGCGAAACCGGGUCUGUUAUUGCCAGCGAGACCACCACUGACGGCCCCGUCAUCACACCCUCAGAGAGCUUCACCACCUCCACCAUCUACUCCACCACCACCUUCACCGUGACCUCGUGCGAGCCCUCUGUCACCUCCUGCCCCGGCCGCGUCGUGACCAAGACCAUCGCCAUCGGCACAACCGUCUGCCCCGUCACCACGACCGACGCUCCCGUCAUCACCUCUUCCUCCUCCCUGCCCGCGGGUUACACCACCUCAACCAUCUACUCCACCAAGACCCUCACCCUCACCUCGUGUGCUCCCACCGUGACGAACUGCCCGGCGGGUAGCACCACCACUGUCGUCGUCCCAAUCGGAACAACUGUCUGCCCUAUCUCCGAGGCGGAGGCCACUUCCACUCCUGUCCCCGCUGUUCCAGGCAUGGAGACUAGCUCCAAGCCAGCAAUCAAGGUGAUUACUGAUGUCCCUGCUGAGGAGGAGACGACGACCUCCACCACGACCUUCGUCCAGCAGUUGACUACUAUCAUCACUGUGCCCAAGCCUGAUGUCACUGCUACUUCCAAGCCUGCCGGUGGUGACGAGGGAGUUGUUAUCAAGCCUACGCCCUCGGGUGGAUUCCCUUACAGCAGUGGGUAUGUCAAGCCUAUUGCCUCAGCUACGCAGCAGCCUGUGACUGCUGGGGCGGGGAGGAAUGGGGUUGUUUUGGGAGGUGUUAUUGCUGCUGCCCUUGUCUUGGCUUUUUAA